AUGCUUCAUUACAGCGCGGCAUUCUACAUCCGCAUCCUGUUAACUCCCUUCAACCUUACACCGCCAUUGUUGAGUUGCUUCAUCAAUUGGUGGUACCAUCCUCCACAAACACUACACGAAUCAAUCCACUCGUAUAGAACGAUUGAUGUCUGGAAGACAUCAAAUAUAGUAUUCCUUGUCGAAGAUUGCUUAUUCACUGUCAACCGAAAGCCAUUUGAAACUGAGUCCGACGUUUUUUCUGGCAUGUUCUCCCUCCCUGUGGGCAGUGAUGUUCCUGUCGAUGGCUCUGACGAGAAGCACCCAUUGCGACUAGAGCAAGUGACUAUUGACGAGUUCCAGGCAUUGCUUACUGUAAUGUACACACCACUUUAUCGCCAAGCAGGCUUGCAAUUGUCAGAGAAGGAAUGGUUACACGUAUUAAAGCUUGCUCACAGGUGGUCAUUCAUCGAGAUUAAGGAUUUAGCUGCCGAAGAAUUGUCCAAGUUCAAUUUGGAUGGUAUUGAAAGUCUCAAGCUUUCCCAACAGUACGAAAUAGAUACAUGGGUCGAGCCUGCAGUUGCUACACUGGCCAAACGAGCAGCCCCGCUGACAACUGACGAGGUGAACCAAAUUGGAUUUGAAUAUGCAUUGGAUGCGUGCACGUGGGGUCACACUAUCAAAGGCACAUGCAGGGUAGCAAUGACAGGUAGAAGUCAUAAUAUGUGUGGGGAACGAAUCGUGCCUGUUUCAGAAACUUGUCCAUUUUGCAAAGCAUCUAGGGAAGGAUUGUAACAGUGUUUAUACAUGAAUACAGUAUAUGCAAGC